CCACCUCCCCACGGCCAGCUGAAGGUGCUGGAGGGCUCGCUCUAGACAAGGCGGCCAGGCUGGGUGAAGCGAGAGAAGAAAGACAAGCAGACUGAGAGGAGGGGGCGGCGGGGUUUUCGCCCUCGGGGCGCUCCCCGCCUCCCCACGCGGGCACCUAAUGGCGUCCUUGCAGUCCGAGGGCUCGGGGGACGUGGGUUUCUCCGAGAUCCUGGACGAGCUGGCAUGGAACUUCACCUACGGGGCUCAGGGCGCGGGCAACGGCUCCCUCUCCGGCUUUUGGUACAAUAGAAACCAGACUCACCUCUUUGGUGCAUUGCUGGCACUUACAGGAAACUUAGUCAUCAGCAUUUCACUCAACAUACAGAAAUAUUCUCACCUUAAAUCGGCACAUCAAGGAAGCCAAAAGCCCUACUUCCGAAGUAUCUUGUGGUGGUGCGGGAGCCUCCUGAUGGCAAUUGGGGAGACAGGAAACUUUGCAGCCUAUGGAUUGGCACCCAUUACUCUCAUUGCACCUUUGGGUUGCAUGUCUGUUGCGGGUAGUGCUGUUAUGUCUGUUACAUUUCUGAAAGAAAAUUUAAGAUCCUCAGACUUACUUGGUGUGACACUGGCAUUUGCAGGAACAUAUAUAUUGGUGGCUUUUGCUCCAAACAUAACUCAGGAUAUCACAGCAAGAAAAGUACAGUAUUACUUUGUUGGCUGGCAGUUCCUGGCCUAUGUGAUCUUAGAAAUAUUAAUAUUCUGCAUCCUGUUGUAUUUCUAUAAAAGAAAGGAUACGAAACACAUUGUCAUUUUGUUGACACUUGUGGCACUUCUGGCCUCCUUGACUGUUAUUUCGGUGAAGGCAGUCUCAAGCAUGGUUAUUCUCUCUGUGAAGGGGGAAAUGCAGCUAACCUACCCUAUCUUUUAUAUCAUGUUCGUCAUCAUGAUGGCAUCUUGUAUUUUUCAGGUCAAGUUUCUGAACCAAGCCACACAGCUCUACAAUACAACCACAGUUGUACCAUGGAAUUACAUAUUCUUCACUACCAGUGCCAUUAUUGCAGGAAUCAUAUUUUAUCAGGAAUUCCUUGGGGCAGCCUUGUUUAGUUCAUUCAUGUACCUUUUUGGGUGUUUUCUGUCCUUCUUUGGAGUGGUUUUGGUCACAAGAAAUCGAGAAAAUGAACAUUUACAACAAUCAUACAUUGAUUUUGGACAGAUUCCUGGGAAACAAAUGUUGGACAAAAUCCAGCCAGAGGCCAAUGGCCAAACCUAUGGAACCUUGCCUGAUGAAAGCAACUCCACAAAAAGCCCAGGCAGAGAAAAGAAAGACAUCUGAAUGCCAAGAAGAAUGUUUGUUGGCCUGUUAUUCAAUACCACCUUUAAAGCAAACUGCACAUGUCCUAUUUGUGGCAAAAGUUAUUUUAUGGUGACAUUUGUUCACAUUGUCUCAGUGUUUCCUGCCCCCUCUCCUCUUGGAACAAUCAUGUGCUUGCUCAGCUUUGAGAAACUAAUGCUUUCUGAAAACCAAAAAGUCUAGAAAUGUAAUCCGAAAUUAUUUUAAUGUUUCAGACCUCUGAUUAGUCAUCAUGUAUUUGUCCUUGUAAAAUUUAAAUAUAUCAUAGAUGAGUGUUUGUGUGUGUUCGGAUGUGUGUAUACACAUAUGCAGGUGCAUCAUGUUUCAUAUUCAAGCCAAAUGUGUUUUAGAGGAAUCAGUUUCCCUACUUUAUAUUCACUUCUUCUUACCUACUCCUGACACUCUUGGAAGAGAGACUUUAUACCAUUCCUUUUUUUUUUUUAUGAGGGAGAAUUAUUUAAAGCAUACUAAUAAAGAACUAAUCCUUGGAGUCCUAGAUUAGUUGGGUGAAUCAUCUUUUCUAAAAAUCAUUCAUUCAUUUGCAGUCAUUCUUUGAAAAUUAAGAGCCUUUUGUAGACUGGAUUUUUUUUUCCAGCAGUACACUCUAAUUAUGGACCUCAAAGCUUAAUAUCCUUGGAUGGUGCAUUAAAAAAAAAUACCCUAUUUAAGAUAGAAAAGUUUCACUGGAAAAGCAUACUUUAUAAUGUUAAAUAUGAUAACUGAUAUUUAUAUAAUGCUUUCAAAGUCUGCAAAUCACUUUCCAUAAAUUAUCUCAUUUUAACCUCAUCAGAACCUUGUGAGGUAGGUAGAUACCUAUUUUAUAGGUACAUAGGUAUCCUCAUUUCAUAGAUGAGGAAACUGAAACUCAGAGAGGUUAAAUGUUGGAGGUGGGAUCUGAACCCUGGUAUUUCUGACUCCCAAGUCCAGUCCUCCAUUAUGCCAUACUGCUGAAUUUUCUUAUAAAAGAAUAAAAGUUUCAGAUCCUUUUUAGCUCUGAUGCUCUGAUAUAAUAGUUGAGUUUGAAGAAAAUCUUCAUAUGCUAUAUCAUACAUUUACCUUUCAUUAUGAUGUCUUUGACAAAUAGAUUGUGCAAUUUGAUUUUUUUUAUCAGCACAGAUGUCAGAAUUCCUAUUAAAAUUAUUAGUGAUAUUCUCAUCUGCCAUGUGCUGUUUUUAUUGCAGAUAAUUAGCUCAGAGAUUUAAAAAGCCAUUCUAGGUAAAAAGAGAGUGCUAAAGAGCUGAAUUUCAACUGAAUUUUAACCUGUACUUACUUGUGGGAAGAGCCUAUACAUAAGUUAUAACUUUCCAGAGUUCAAAAGCACAAAACAAAUUGAGAUGGGCAUUCUGUGACAGAAGAUCACCUUUGAUCUCAUUUAUUUCCAUGCAAAAUUGAUUCGUAGUGUGUCAUACCGGAAUUGAGUUGAACAAAUAUUUCUUAAAUAUUUAUGUUUCUUACUAUGCAAAAAAGUCAUGCCUGGUUCUGCAGAGAGGAUACAAUGCUUAGUAUGACCAUCUGGACCCUCAAGUAACUCAAAGUCUCAUAGAUAAGGAAUAAGUUAUUGUUGUUGUUUCAUUUCAGUUGUAUCCACCUCUUCAUAACCCUAUUUGGGGUUUUCUUGGCAAAG